AUGAAUGAUGUUAAAUUCGAAGUAUCCUUUCUAUACAUUGCUUGGGGUGACAUGACUUUGACUGUCGAAGCUACAAUUAAUAAUAUUCUUCUUAUUGGAUCCGUUGUAAAAUAUUUAAACAUUGUUAUAAAUAACAACAAGGUGAAAAAUUUAUUAGAAAUGAUGGAGGAUCAUUGGCAACUCUUUCAAAGCAAAUGCGAGCUUCAUGUUUUGAGAUAUUAUGGUAACAUUAAUCAGCUAGUGACAAAAUAUUAUUCAGCAUACAUUAACAUAAUAGUUGCAGUGUUUUUCUUAAUACCGUUAAAGCCAAGAAUUCUAGAUUUGAUAAUACCAUUGAAUGAGUCACGGCCAUAUAUAUUUAUUUGUGGGGGAGAAUGGGGAGUAGACAAAGUGGAAUAUUAUUAUCCAAUUUUAUUCCAUUGUUUAAUUUGUAUUAAUGGUACUAGAUGUAUGGUGAAUUGUGAUACCAUAAAUAUAGUGUGUGUGUUACACAGUUGUAGUUUAUUUGAGUCUAGGUAUCCGUCUUGA